AUGCCCACUUUGCGAAGAAUUGCCUCGCACUCAAGAAGAUCUUGUGAACAUUGCCGUGUUGUUCACGGAGACAAACACUGUGUCAUACAAACGCGUAAAUUCAAGAAUGCGAAGGAGUGCGAGGUAUGGAAGGAAUCUGUCGCAAAGACACAUUUUACUGUUUGGCAACUGAAUUACGCAGGAUCACGGUCUAAGAAAUCUGGUAUCAAAUACUACCGAUGUAGCAGAACUGUAGGUAAUCAUGUUCGUGGUAUAUCGGAAUUGAAAACAUCAGGAACGAUGACGAUGGUCCAUUACUGCACUUCAUUUCUGAAGGAAAUCUACUCACGUGAUGGUAAGAUCACUGCGGUUUACUGUACAAGACACAUAAAUCACGAUGUCAGCCCGGCCAAAUUACCCCUUUCAAAUACUGACAAAGCUGUAAUUGCAAGUUAUGCUCUUAAAGGCCAUGAUGCAGCAGUUAUUCGGGACAUGAUACGACAAGUAGUUACUGACCCGAGGGCCAAGCUUCACUGGGUCCUCACUGGAGAAAUCGAAAAAGUUUUGAUGAAUAUUCGGCUGAAUAAGGGGACGAAAGAAGCUGCCACUAAUGUAAUUUCAAUUGGCAGGUGA